CCUUUUUUACAAUUGAUAUGUGUGGUGUUAUUUGUGGUAGUACGGCUUUCUUGACUGUAAAUACGCACACACACACCACACACCUUUUGCUUGUUUGCAAGAAUAGGUACUUGCUCAGUUGGGAGACUUUUAUUUUUAGUUAAUAUUUAGUACAAUGGAUUCAGCUUUACGUGAGCAAGUUAUGAUAAAUCAAUUCGUGUUAGCAGCAGGAUGUGCUCAAGAACAAGCUAGACAGUUGUUGCAAGCUGCUCAUUGGCAAUUUGAGACGGCACUUUCAAUAUUCUUCCAAGAAGUUGCCAUUCCUUCUGGAGCUAAUGGCAUUGCAGCUCCACAUUAUCGUCAGCAAUUGAUGACGCCAUGCAACACACCAGCGACGCCGCCGAACUUCCCUGACGCGCUCGCCGCGUUCUCCCGGCUGUCCACGACGGGCAGCCCGGGCACGGCGGGCGGGGGCGCGGCGGGCGCGGGGGGCGCGCCGCCCGUGUCCCCGCUGGCCACGCAUCCGCCGCCGUCGCACUCGCACGUGCCAGUCAACGCCUUCCCGCCCGCUCCGAACCCGCAAACGAAUUACGCAUCGCUUUCCUGCUCAACUGCUGUGUGCAGUGAACAUAUGCCAAGAUAAAUUGGAAAUAUUAGUUUAGGAGCAUCUAUAAUUUAUUUUUAUAAUGGUGCGCAUUGUGAGCUGUGGAAUUGUGUAUGAAAAUGUAAAAUAAUAUUUCACAAACACCCCACUACAGCGACAAUUAGCUGGACAAUAUUAGGGGUGCUGUAGUCAAUCAUGUUAUAUGUAAGUAAUUAAUGAAAUAUUGUAUGUAUUUAAUAUUUAUGUAUAAAACAGUGUUUUCUGAAAAAAUAUGCACAAUUAACCUAUGAAAUGUGUAAGUUUUCGUUAAUCAAAUUUACCUGUGAUUUUACUUGUAAAAAAUCAUAUAAUGAAUCGGAAUCAUGUUAUACAAUCAAGUGACUGUAAAUUAGAUCAAACUAUGUAUGUAUCAGAAUUGACAAAAAUAUUUUCUUUAGCUCAUAAUAUUAUGUUGGUUGUCGUAAUUCAACCAUUAUCAAGUUGUAUAGCCAUUUUUUUAGAAUGCUAUAUUAUUUAUAUUCAGUGUGUUUAAGUAUAACGACUCUUAAAAGACAAUACAAUAUUGUUAAAAAAAUACUACAUUUGAUGUAAAAGUUUAACUAAAAAAAAAACAAAAAUACUCGUCUCGAAUUCGAUUUGGUUGCGACUAUUUGACGAUGGGUCGGUAAAGUGUCUGUGCUCAAUCCGAGUGGAGAACCUUGCGAGGUACGCACGUCCGACCCCUUGUAGAGGAAAGGGAUACACCCGUUGUAAAUUGUGUGUACAAAGGCAGCCAUCAAAUGCAAAGUUUAAUUUGUGCAUCAAAUAAAUAUCACAGACCGCAUCAAACUUAUAGUCCUUUUAUCAGAUACAUAUUGAUCGUCUUUGCAAUCCACUGCUACUCGAAAGACCCUCAAAUCUCGAUUGAUCUCUAGCAAAAAUAGAGUUCUAUUCAGUAAACUCUUGGGCUAUAAACUUCGUUUAUUCCCGAUGUCCCCCACUAUUUGUCGUUUUCUCCAUCUGAGCUAUGAAAAAUAUUUCUCGUUCUUCCAUUUAUACCUACCUAAAGUAAUGUACGCAAACUGAACUAAUUAGCCAUUUAUUUGAAAGAGCAACUGUAUAAAUUAACGAACACAUUAAAGUACCUACGCAAUCUGAAACUAAGAUGCAUGCAUUGGAGUGUACCCUGAAUAUUAACAUUUUCCUCAUAUGGAUUGAAUCCGAAGCCGUUGCAAAGUCAUGUUAAAUAUAAAGAAGUAGAAUAAGACUUACAAUAAAAAUUUAGUAUGAUAUAUCUCUUUUUUUUUCGUAUCUGGAAGGGUAAAGCUAGAGAGUUAGCUUACAGUUUUAUUUGUCAAACACGUAACAUGUUAAAAUAUUAAUCUUUAUUUGUAACAUGAUUUUAAAAUCUAUUCUAUCUCAACAUGCUGCGCGCUGUAACUGCCGAAAGGAUCACUCAAUACACAUACAUAUUUUGUGUAUGUAUGAUUCUGUAUUUGCUGUUGUUACUUAAGAGACGCUACGCUAUCUAUACGUUAAUACCUGAAAUGCUCUCUUAUACCUACACUACAGAUUAUAACGGCAAGUCAAGUUGCCGUUAUAAGUCGUAGUGUGCGACGGGCCUUAUUUUAAUCGAUUUUUAAAUGGCUUUAGGUGGCUUUAGACUUCACAUUCGGCACUCGUGCGGUUGCCCGCGCUUUUUCAAAGUAUAAUUUUAACUUUGCGCAUUUUUGUGAUCUUACGUAAGAACUAUCGAUACUCCCUCCAACCCCCUUGUAAGAAAAAAUGCUGUCCCUCCCCCCCUAGUCUUACGUAAUAAUUAUAUGAAUGGCCCCAAAAGAAUAAACACCUUUCAGUCUUUUUCUAGGGCAGUGGUUUGCAUAUACCUAGUACAUAUGAUUAAUUUCUUUACCUGAUUAUUAUAAUAUGGUAGUAAUUAAUUUGAUGCGCGUAUUGUUAAUACCAAAGUUACGAAACUAACUUUACAAUACAGUGGUGCAAAUAUCAAACUUAUCUGCGCAUUUUUGUCUAAUCAUGUUUAUGUAUGGCCAAUGGAAUUAUUUAGAUGUAAAUUCGCCCUAAUAAGACCUCGCUAACGGUGCGUGAAAAGCUAUGUUUAGCGCUCAAGUUUUGAGUGUAAUAAAGCGUUAUAACGAGGUAUUACUCGUUUUUGGCGUUUGCAUGUAAACACUUACGCCUGGUACCCCUUGCCAGGCAGAAAGCGUGUCUGGUCGUGAAAUUCAAGAAACACCUGCUCUGAAUUUCACAGCCAUUAACUGAUGGCAAUCAUCAAUUACUUUAAAAACCAUUAGGCCACGUUCAUGUUAACGAGCUUUGGUGCGAAGCUCAAAGCUGGGUGUGAAACAAUUCUUAGGUACCUACUUUAUGAUACAAAUGGUCACCCAAACAUGGCUGUUUAUACCUCGCUUUGCGCUCCUCUAAAUCUAAGCUCUCGUAUCCAUAAAUGCCUACUUACAUAGCCAAAUAGAUAUCUAAAUUAGCACCACUGUACAAUUUUGGCAAAUUAAAUAAAUAAAUAAAAUUGUUCUCUGACGAGUUUGUGGUCGGCACUAAAAGCUUAGCACUUCCAGCCUAUCAAACCUUGUAGCUUGAGGAUUUUGGGGACACAAAAUCUAUAUUAGGUAUUACAAUAUUUUUGAAAUCUUAAAAAGUUUUAGCUAGGUAGUGCCCCAAAUUCCGCAAGCGGGUAGGUUGUUCACGAUUACUUUUUUGCAUAAUUCCUGCCGACAUUUGUUCAUUCAUUCAUUCUAUUUAGUUUAUUUAUGUCUUGUAAUAUUAUGUUCGAAUGUAGACGUUUGAAAGCUCAACUGCAUGAACAUAAUAAAUUCUGAUGUUAAAAUUGUAAAAAUAGGUUUAUUUCGUUAUUAGUGACUUUCAAUAUUACUGUUGUAUAGAACUGUUGGGAAUACUCGAAAAUUAAAUAAAAAUUUCAGCUGCAGCCUGUAGUAUUAGUUUCCAGGACUAUUUGUAACGUUUUUCUACUAUGGAAAUGUGGCAAUAGUAAACAUUUGCUUUGGUUCCAGUUACUUUUAUAAAACGUUGUAUAGGUACUUCCUUUUAAGGUAUUUGUAGUUUUGCUUUAAAAUAUCGUUUUUCAUAGUUACUUAAAAGAUGCCUUUUUAAAUUAAAUAAUCAUGUUCUUAAAG